AUGUCAAUUGCACAAGAUAGGGGUAUCGUUUUCAAGCUUCUAUCAAUUUAUCGAGCAGCGGCUGGUAUCUUCAUGGCGUUGGCACAAUUAAUUGUCAUAUUUUUUGGAUAUUGCGAUUUUAAAAUUAAAGGGUAUCGCAUUGCCUCUUACAAUGCACCGACAUUUGCCUCCAGUUUCAUAAUUCUUGCAGUAUGCCUUUUAUUAGUUGUCGUUCUGGAAAAUCCUGAGGUUAAAGUUACAAAUUCGGAAAAUAGCCUUUUCAGUGCUCUGAAACAAUUUUUUAGAGUCGAAAGAAAAAAACUCAUCUCCUGCUUGAUUUUACUAUGGAGCAUGUUCCUAUCGUCAUUUAUUAUGAGCGAAGUAGUUUAUUUUAUGCCACUAUUCCUGACGCUCCACGUUAACUGGGACACCAAGUUUCAAGGCAUAGCGUUUAUGGUCGCAUCUAUACUUGGUGUGACUGGAAGCUAUUUCGCUCCAAAGUUAAUAAACGUCGGGUGCUCCUGCGGCAGAGCCAAAGAUGGCGGAUUAGAAGAGUCAGAUACAACUGGAAGUGAGACCGUUGAGGUAAAGAAAAAAGAUUCGCUGUACAGCGGUCAAGUUUUUCUGUCCAUCUUUGCAUUGUUUGUUUCAUUGCUGGGACAAGCUUUUAUGAUUGGAGCAUCCGAAGCCUUGAAGCAUAAAUCAAUGCCACCCACAAAUUCUGGUAUAUUUUUUUCAGCUGGGAUGUCGAUUACAUUGUUAGGGUACAACUUUUUGGCUUCGAGCAUUCCAGCCCUUUUUUCCAUGUACAUCGACCCCAAACUCAAGGUCCAGUUGAUGCCUUCAAUUGGAGCAAUCUCUGGGAUUGGUAAACUGGUGGCACCGAUUGUAUUAGCAGCUCUUUAUGGCACAAGAUUGGGGCUUUCAAUUGCGGUUGGAUUUGGUAUGAUUUUGGUAGCUGUUUCAAUUCCACCGCUUAUUUGGCUCAGGAAAAAAAGGUGUUAG